AUGACAUUUGAUCCAGAAAUCUUCUUCAAUGUUUUACUACCACCAAUUAUAUUUCAUGCAGGAUAUAGCCUGAAGAAGAGACACUUUUUUCAAAACUUGGGAUCUAUUUUAACAUAUGCCUUCUUGGGAACUGCCAUCUCCUGUAUCGUCAUAGGGUUAAUUAUGUAUGGCUUUGUGAAAGCUAUGGUAUAUGCUGGCCAGUUGAAAAAUGGAGACUUCCAUUUCACCGACUGUUUGUUUUUUGGUUCACUAAUGUCUGCUACAGAUCCAGUGACAGUACUAGCCAUUUUCCAUGAACUACACGUUGACCCUGAUCUAUACACACUCCUGUUUGGGGAGAGUGUGUUGAAUGAUGCAGUGGCUAUUGUCCUCACAUAUUCUAUAUCCAUUUACAGUCCCAAGGAGAAUCCAAAUGCGUUUGAUGCUGCAGCAUUCUUCCAGUCCGUGGGGAAUUUCCUGGGGAUCUUCGCCGGCUCGUUUGCAAUGGGGUCUGCAUAUGCUGUGGUCACGGCACUGUUGACCAAAUUUACCAAGCUGUGUGAGUUCCCUAUGCUGGAAACAGGCCUGUUUUUUCUCCUGUCUUGGAGUGCCUUCCUGUCUGCUGAGGCUGCCGGCCUGACAGGAAUAGUCGCUGUUCUCUUUUGUGGAGUCACCCAGGCACAUUAUACCUACAACAAUCUGUCGUUGGAUUCCAAAACAAGGACUAAACAGUUGUUUGAAUUUAUGAACUUCUUGGCCGAGAAUGUCAUCUUCUGUUACAUGGGCCUGGCACUGUUCACGUUCCAGAAUCAUAUCUUUAAUGUUCUUUUUAUACUUGGAGCCUUUCUGGCGAUUUUUCUGGCCAGAGCCUGAAAUAUAUACCCCCUCUCCUUCCUCCUGAAUCUGGGCCGAAAACAGAAGAUCCCCUGGAAUUUUCAGCACAUGAUGAUGUUUUCAGGUUUGCGAGGAGCAAUAGCAUUUGCCUUAGCUAUUCGGGACACAGAAUCUCAGCCCAAGCAAAUGAUGUUUACCACCACCCUGCUCCUCGUGUUCUUCACAGUCUGGGUGUUUGGAGGAGGAACGACCCCGAUGCUGACUUGGCUUCAGAUCAGAGUUGGUGUGGAUCUGGAUGAAGAUCUGAAGGAGCCCACCUCACACCAGGAAGAAAAUAACUUGGAUAAAAACACAACCAAAACAGAAAGUGCUUGGCUCUUCAGAAUGUGGUACAGCUUUGACCACAAGUAUCCUUUGAUAAUGAUGAUUUCCCAGAUCCUGCUGCCUGGCGGAGAUUAACUUCAAGCACUUAGUCAUUGAGGUGUAUGUUCCUGUUCUUCAAGAAACACAGAAAGGUAAGGUGAAUUCAUCACCAAAUUUAUCAAAAAGUAAAAAUGUGUAAAGCCCAUACUUAAGUGUUACAAAGAGCUAAAGUGAAAUCUCUCAGAGUCAAAUGAAUUUGGUGUAUCCAUGGCAAUCUAAUAUUUCC